CGGCCGCGCGCACGACGGACGUGCACCGAGUUCUCGAUACUCGCUCCUCUCGAUACAUUGAGACAUCGAAUCGUGUGUGAACUGUGAUGUGAAUUUAAGAACUUUUUUUUUGGUACCAUAAGUAGUUGAAAGUUUUGGAUUUCCUGAGUAAUUUUAUUUGGGAAAAGUUUUAAGAAUUAUUUACUGAAAGUUUUGUUUGUUGAAGCUGAAAAUAUUCAGGAGUUAAUUUUCAUAACAUUACGAAACCGAACGCCGACUGCACAUUGCGCAAAGCUUAUAAAUCAAAACAAUGUAGUGGAAACAAACUGCUCGGAGCAACAAUGUGCCAUUAACUGUGAAGCCCAGUGGUCGUAACUAACGCGGAGCCGGACAAAACGCUCUCUGUCAAAAUGUGUUGCAAAAGAUAAAAAUGGCAAAAAUAAUUAGGAUGUGAAACAUGUUGGAAUGCGUGCGCGGCGCGAGCACAGUGGUACGCGCGCGCCCCCCCCGCGCACACACGCGACCAGGGCCACUCCUGCUGCUGCUCGCACUGCUGCACUGUGUCAGAGUGUCUCAGUGCGGCGGGUCGCUGGGCGCGGCGCUGGUGUGCGCGCGUGCGCCCGGGCUCACGGAGCGGCAGCGCGCGCUGUGCCGGCAGGCGCCCGCCGCCGUCGCCGCCAUCGGAGAGGGGCUCAGGAUGGCGUACGCGGAGUGCCGCGCGCAGCUGGCGGGGCGCCGCUGGAACUGCUCCGGCGUCGGCGACUCGCAGCACUUCGGACACGUCAUGCCCAUCGGUGAGCACACAUCAGUCUUACUUAUUACUGUACAGCACA